UCUCCCUCCCUCCCUCUCUCUCUCUCUCUCUCUCUCUCCCUUUCUCUCUCUCUCUCUCUCUCCCUUUCUCUCUUUCACCAUUUCUUCAUUUAAGCAAAUCUCCAAGUCUCUAAUAUCAGAGCUAAUCCUCAGAGCUGUGUCCUGGAUCCUGAGCACCACAGUCUGUGACACAGAACAGAACAGCGAAGCGCGAUGGCUUCAGCCGGCCUGGAGAUCCUGGGGAUGAUCCUGACCGUGGCCGGGUGGCUCGGCGUGAUGGUUGCCUGCUGUUUGCCCAUGUGGAGAGUAGCGGCAUACAUAGGCCAGAACAUCGUCAUCACGCAGAUCGUGUGGGAAGGUUUGUGGAUGAGCUGCGUGGUGCAAAGCACAGGACAGAUGCACUGCCGAGUCUACGACUCCAUGCUGGGGCUUCCCGACGACCUGCAGGCUUCCCGGGCUCUCACCGUUGUAAGUACGCUGCUCGGCGUGGUGGGCAUGGCUCUGGCAGUGGCUGGAGCAAAGUGCACCAACUGCACCUCAGAUACAGCAAACAAGCCGCGCAUUAUGCUGGCAGCCGGGGUGACGUUUAUAACGUGUGGGCUGCAGCUACUAGUGGCCGUCUGUUGGACAGCUAACGGCAUCAUCCUGGAUUUCCAAAACCCGAUUCUAGAGGAGACUCAGAAGAGGGAGUUUGGGAACUCGCUGUACUUCGGAUGGGGCGCCUCCUGCCUGCUGAUCCUAGGUGGAGAGGAGAUUUUAUGUUGUUGA